AAUCUAGUCUGUCCGGAGAUCGGGGCUGCAGGCAGCAAACAUGCACUGGAACCCCAUUUGUCUCUAAAUCUCCAUGGCAACAGCACAGGCCUCUCAUAUGACCUGUGACCCUAUCAAUUGUCUCCCUGAACCAAACUCUCUGGACUCUGAGCUUGACACCGACUACAACAUGGGCAGUGUGGGCAGCCUGGUGGAGAAGCAAGAUUUCUCACAAGCUACACUGGGAGGUCUGCGAGGGAUGCGCCAGCCGGAUGGGUUGCUGCGGAAAGGAAUGUCACAGCGUGAAGUUUUUGGCUACUUACAUGGAGGAAAGAGAGAUGCUCGGGCUGAGAAAAAGCACCAGUCAUCUGGCGGAGGCUUUAAACGGGAUUAUGAGAGUGACCGGGAGAAUCAGUCUCCUGAGCGGUAUUUCCGGGACAAUCAACGCGGGGCGGAUUUUUCCAAGAGCUCUCUGCCUGAGCGUGGACGCUUUGAUAAGUGUCGGAUCAGGCCCUCAGCCUUCAAGGUGAUGUCUGGGAAGAGCUUCUUGUCCAUGCAGGGACUGUCGUCGUCCAAAGGGCAGAAGCUGUCGAAGAGCAAUGGGAGUCUGCAUACACUCUUGACACAGAGCAGCACUGGCAGCGCCUCGCAACGCGGCCCACUGCGCAGCCAUUUGCUGCACACCAUCAGCCUGGAUGAAGGCUCCAACUCCAUCCAAAGCUUUCCCACGUACAACCCUCGCUUCAAACCAGCCCCAAGCCAGUUCAGUGCUUCUGUAGGCCACAUCAAUCACAUUGGUGGUUCCUUAGACAGGGCCUCAAGAGGGCCGCGGGAUCCUUUGGCUGUAGAGAAAGCACCAUUGUCCUGCAAGAGUUUGAGCCGGCUGCAGAGUUCUGGAGAACCACCUCCUCCUUAUGAGCCCACAUACUCACUGGAAGAUGUAGUAAAGCAGCUUGAGGACCGGCUGAGUGAGAAGGGCAUGGAACUCCGCCAGCUUACAAGGAACUUAAAUAUGAACAAUGACCCCUUUGCACAGAUGUUUGAAGACAAACAGCGACUGUGGAUGGAGGAGCUGGAGGAACUGAAGCAGAUGUACGUGGCCAAGUUGCAGCAAGUAACACAACAGGCCCAGCGCAGCCAGCGGGCGCUUCAGCUGCAGCUCUAUAAGGCGCAGCAAGAAAAGAAGCGGCUGCAGGAAGAGCUGGAGCUUCAACAGAGUCAGUAUGAAGAGAUGAGGCAACGGCAGCAGCAGGCAGAGCGCCUCAGUCCCAAGCUGGAAGAGACCAAGUGGGAGGUUUGUCAGAAGACUGCAGAGAUUUCGUUGCUCAAACAGCAAAUCCGAGAUACCCAGGAGGAGAUGACCCAGAAACUAGGUGAGAUCUUCAGCUUGAAGUCCCAACUGCGGGAGGCCCGAACAGAGCUGCAAGUCAAGGACUCGCAACUGGUGCAAUUGGGGGACUCUUUCCAACCAUUGCCGGAGCAUGGUUCUCCCCUUCCUCCACGGGACUCCCCAAUGCAAGCAUGCCAGGACUUUUUGGGGUGUGAAACGGAUGACUCCAAGUGCAGGGGGAUGCAGGGGGAGAAUGCAGAAGGCCCAGAGUGGCUAUGGGCAGAGCUACUGCGGGAGAGGCGCCAGGCUCAGCUGCGGGCGGCAAACUUUGAGCAGGAGCGAAAAACCUGGCAACAGGAGAAAGAGAAAGUCUUGCGCUAUCAGCGGGAGAUUCAGGCCAGCUACAUGGAGAUGUAUCACCGGAACCAGGCCCUGGAGAGGCAGCUCAGUGAAUUCCGACAGCUCCAAACUGAACCCAGAGGUAUCAACUCGGACUUACCUUGGAUCGAGAGAGUUGAGUCCUCAAAGAUCUGAACAGACUAUU